AUGGUAGCUAGUUUUGUUUGUGCCGGUUGUCAUGCUGAUGCUAUCAAUUUGUUCUAUACUGCAAGGGGCUUGAAACUUGAAGUGGACUCUUCAACUUUCAGUACUGUCCUUAAAGCUUGUGGUGCUAUAACUGAGUUAGAACAGGGACUAGUGAUUCACUCCCUAGCUCUCAAAACUGGAUUGGAUCAAGGGAGUUUUUUUGUUGAAAGUGCUAUUGUUGACGUUUAUUGCAAGUGCGGAAGCAUAGGUGAUGCAGAAAAGGCAUUUAAGAAUGCUUCCACAAGUAAUUUGGCUUCUUGGAAUGCUAUGGUGAUGGGAUACGCUCAACAUGGUUUUCAACAUGAACUGUCGGAACUAUUCAACAAGAUGUCUAAAUUUGGAAUAAAACCAGAUCAGAUAACUGAUCUGGGACUUCUUACUUCAUGUUGCCAUGCAGGUCUUGUUAAAGAAGCUUUUACUUAA